UUACAACUCCGACGGGGACAGGAUUCCGACGGCCGUGCCAGAGCUUCAAUCCAUGAGAUCGUCAGAGAGCCGAGCGAUAAUCAUCAACCCGAUCGGAGAGUUACAGGCACAGUCACCAAAAGCUCUUUCCUUUCCUCCCCGUUCACAGUCAUCUCGCAGAUUCCUUUCGUCUUGCUUCUCCAUCAGAGCGCAUUGAACCCUUUGCAAUUCAUCGUGAAUUUGUCGUCUCGAAGCUGUCAAUUCCUCUCCUUCUGUUCCGUGUCUUUGACUUUCUUCUUCUUUGAUGCGACUGGAAAUGCGGUUUUAGCUGAAACCUUCCCCUCUGUCAAGAGGUUUUGUCUGCUCGAGCAGUUAUACUGUACGCUUUCUGCUUGCAUCCUGCUUGUUCGUCGAACAAAGCUGUGCGGCUGUGACUUGCUGUAUGGUUAGGAAGAAGUGAAUCAAAUUGCAUAACAGUGUUCUCAUUAGCAACACAAGGGAAUGUAAACAACGGGGAAGAUCUCCCUGAUGAUUUUUUUCUGUGGUUUGGUGUUUGUAGAGGUUGGUGCUUUCUGGGCAAAUGGAUCAUCAGCAGGGACAAGAAGUCUCAAUGCUCGUGUGAUGCAAGAUUAGCUGCAAAGAGAAAAAUGGCUAUCCGGAGUAAUAACAAGAAUGUUGUGUCAUGGAAGAGGAGAGAACUUCCAUUUUUGGUUCUCUAUGCGAUUGCUUUUUACGUGAUCAUCAUUCGUAGAUCUCUGCAACUCUCUCAUGAUCAUUACUCCAAACUCUACGGGUUGCGACCGGGUUUUCUUGCCAAUCAACUCAAUGAUGUCUCAGAUGCACAAUGGAGAAACUUCCGUGGGAACUUGCCCAUUCUUACUUUUGUUUUUGGAAUUUUUGCAUUGACUGCUAAUAUUAUGAGAGCAUGUUUUGGACUGAAAGCGAGGGGAAUGUCGUACAUUUGGCUUUUUCUUUCUUCAGCUUACCUGGUAUACCUGCAUGGAGCUUGCAUUAUAUUUGUCAUGGCAAUUGCUUCCCUGAAUUAUCUUCUCGUCAAGAUAUUUGCCAGGACAAAAUACUUCCUACCACUAUUAUGGAUCUUCAACAUAUUCUUUCUGAUAUGUAAUCGUGUUUAUGAUGGAUAUUCAUUCUCCAUGUUUGGGGCCCAUUGGCAGUACUUGGACAAUUUCCGGGGUACUUUUCGGUGGCAAAUUUGCUUUAACUUUGUUAUUUUGCGCAUGGUGAGCUUUGGCUAUGAUUACCGGUGGUCAAUUCUUGGUUCUCAUUUCGACCACGAGAAACAUGUUGAACAUUGCUACAUUUGUAAAUCAGGAAAAGCAUGCUACCAAUUUCUACAGGGAAAAAGUGUGACGAGUGACAAGUUUUCCCUCAGCAUAUACCUCUGCUAUUUGGUGUAUGCGCCCCUCUAUAUUGCUGGACCGAUUAUUAGCUUUAAUGCAUUUGCUUCACAGCUGGAGGCACCACAGAGAAAUUACUCGGUCAAAGACAUGGCUUUAUAUGGGAUAAGGUGGCUAUAUAGUCUUUUCUUGAUGGAACUGAUGACGCACCUGCUCCACUAUAAUGCUUUUGCCAUCAGUGGCAUAUGGAGACAGUUAUCACCCAUGGACGUAUUCAUCAUCGGGUAUGGGGUCUUAAACUUUAUGUGGUUAAAGUUCUUCCUGAUCUGGCGCUAUUUUCGGCUCUGGUCACUGAUAUGUGGCAUUGAGGCACCUGAGAACAUGCCAAAGUGCAUCAAUAAUUGCUACAACUUGGAAAGUUUUUGGAAAAAUUGGCACGCCUCUUUCAAUAAAUGGCUUGUAAGGUACAUGUACAUUCCCCUAGGAGGUUCUCGAAGAAAGCUGCUCAACGUUUGGGUGGUAUUCACCUUUGUUGCAUUGUGGCAUGACCUAGAGUGGAAGCUUCUUUCAUGGGCAUGGUUGACUUGCUUGUUCUUUGUCCCCGAAUUGUUAUUGAAGUCAGCAGCAAAUGCUUUCAAGGUCGAAAGUGCUCUUGGGGAGUUAUUUUUCCGUGAAGUCAGUGCACUUGCCGGUUCAGUCACAAUCACUUGUCUCAUGGUUGCGAAUCUUGUUGGCUUUGUUAUUGGACCAUCUGGCAUCAAUUGGUUGAUUUCUCGAUUCCUCGGCAGAGAAGGACUCCCUGUCCUCCUUGGCUUGUUUGUGACGUUCUAUGUUGGGACAAAGCUCAUGUUCCAUAUUGAGGAUGCCAAAAGAAGAGCUCAGUGACUUCUAGCUUUAGACUGCCUCUUUUUCUCGACCAAAUAUCAGAACGUGGGACGAAUUAUAUUAACUGGCAAAGAGAUGAAGCUGCUGCUUGGGGAUCAAUUGACAAGUUCAAGAAUCAGGACACUCUAGGCAGCAGUAGGCUUGAGUCGCUGGUGCUAGUCUGAGAAUUUACUGUUCCGACCAUCGUUAGUCCAUUCAUUUCUGGAUGCUACUGUACUAUUGACUGCUGCAUUGUAUAAACUUGCCGGAAGAAAAUUCUAAUCGACUCUUUUCCCUCUCCA